UGCCCGUACACCAUACGGAUGCGGCCGCCGUGACGUUGGCGAUGGCGAUUUUCUCCAUAAGUGCAUUCAGCGCAUCGCCAAAGCAGUUUCGUCAACUAAUGUGGAGGUAUUUCAUUCUUCUUCCACAAGAGGCAAGCACUUACUGGCUAUCUCAUCCUGGGAGCGCUGUGAGCACUGCAAAGGCGAAGUUAACUGCAGUUCAUUCGCAGGUGUUUACGAUCGUGAAAAUAUUGCGCAGCGAGUUGAUGGAGACAGAGAUCUUAGAUAUUCUUCAUGGAGAUGCAGGAUCUGAAAUUAAAGAUUCUGACAAAGAGGAUUUGUACUCUCCAGGCGAAAGUACAAGUGAUGAUUCAGGUACCGACAAUGGUACAGACUACCAGUCACCAUUUGUGGUACCUGGUCGUGUGUGCCUCACUGAGCACAAAGAGCAAGAUUGGUUGGAAGUAGGCGAUCAGCCAACACUGCCAGAUUUCCAGGAAGUAGUCUGUGUAGCAUAGCAUUUUUCAGAUGCUACUUAGGAGCUUCAAUAUUUUCUUUGAUGACGAACUUAUUCGGCUCAUCAAAAGUGAAACACACAGAUACGCUGGUAACUUUCUUAUGGUAAUGAAACGCAAAGGUAGCCUGAAAAUAAACUGUUUGGCAUAAGUGGUCUGCAGUAAAAUUACAAGAGAUUUACUGGUCUCUCAGUAUUAUUUUGCAUAUGUGCGUCGUCAAAUUGCCAAAAAUCAGUGAUUAUUGGUCAACAGACCCGUAAAUUGUUGAGUCGCGAUCGAUUUUGCGCUACAUUGUCGAUGUUACACUUGAAUGACAAUGCUACGUUCAUUAGCACAGGCCAAGAAAAGCACGACCCACUUCACAA